AUGAGUUCGCCAAAGAGACGUAUUGAAACAGAUGUUAACAUUCCACGACUUCGCCAACCGACCAGCCGCUGCGCUCCCCCACGGCGACUUCAUGAGAGACUGAUGUCAUGCAGGCUUAUGAGCGACUACGAGUGUUCGUCUUCCUCGUCGACCAAGUCCCAUCUAAACCGAACACCGCUCACACCAUGCAGGCAAGAGUUCUACGUCAGGUUUAAGGGACCAGAAGAAAAAGCAGCACCAUUCCAAGGCGGUCUCUGGAAGAUUCAUGUUGAAUUGCCCGACCAAUACCCAUAUAAGAGUCCCAGUAUUGGCUUCGUGAACAGAAUCUUCCAUCCCAAUAUCGAUGAACUGCCACAACAGGCACUAAUCUCAGGGUGCAGGAGCGGAUCCGUCUGUCUCGACGUUAUUAAUCAGACCUGGUCACCCAUGUACGACAUGAUCAACAUCUUCGAAGUCUUCCUCCCACAACUUCUGCGUUAUCCCAACCCCACCGAUCCACUCAACGGCGAAGCAGCCGCCUUGCUUAUGCGGGAGCCCAAGAGCUACGAUGCCAAGGUCAAGGAGUACGUACAAAAAUACGCAAACAAGGACACAGCCGAGGACUCGGACAAGGACAAUGACGACGACGACGAGAUGAGCUCUGUUGGCUCUUAUGAAUCGGGCGACGAGGACGAGGCGGCGGGUAAUAUGGAAGAUAUUUGA